UUUCUCGGUUCUGCAUCUAUCAAUUUGUCAAUUUCCUCAUCGACAUGAAUAGAGGUUUAGUGAGCAUCAUUAAAACAGCACACUUUAUACAUAACACAACACGGUAUAUUACAGGGUCACAAACAUGCAGAGCUCCAACAAUGCAGAGCAUUCUCUCAGUGGAUCGCCAGCCCCGACGGCGCAGGCCAUUCUGAACAUACUGCAACAAAUCUCCAUUUCUCCGCCUGAUUCUUCCGGAGGAACAGGCAUCUCGAUUCCGAUGACAGGAACUUCGACGGCGAUAGCGUCGACGACAGGAACAACACCGAGGUCAAGCGGCAGGUCGACGUUGCAACAUCUACAUUCGUUCCCCAAGUCAUUGAUUCCGAAGCGGAGAUUGUCCUCGUCGUCGUCCUUCGACGGCAUCUCUGUUGCCGGAACGGGCGACAAGUCCAACAAGAGACAGCUGCUGUACAUGCGGAGCCAGAAACUGCAGGGCGUGCGGUCGCUGGCGUCGCCGCUGUCGAGGUCUCACUUCAUCAGGCGGUUGAACACGUUUUCGGUCUUGAACUGGACGGUAUCCAGCUCGAAGCUGUCGCCGCUCGUGUGUGCUGCACAGGGAUGGAAGUGCCACCCCGUGCGCAAAAACGAGCUCCACUGCACGUCAUGCCACUCGGGGAUCAUGGUGAAGCUCCCGGAGGACCCUGGACUGGACACCGGGCUGGCGUCGGCGUCCAGUGCGUCGGCGUCCUCGUCGUCGCCGGCUGCGGCGUCUCUGAGCAAGGUGUUCAACAACCUGCACCACACAGACGACUACAACCAGGUUUUGAACAACACGGAUCGGUACGAGCUGCCGUUCCAGUUUCAGAUGCUCGACGACGAGUUCGACGAGGACGACGAUAUCCACGUGUACGAAACGCUAGUGAACUCGUACGUGAGCAGGCUCUCGUCGGAUCACUACCCGACGUGCACGUUUCUGCCGCUGCUGCCCAUCUCCCCGAAGGAGCAGAACUACUACAUCACGCCGAAGGACAUUCCGAGAGAGGUGUACAAGUUCUGGCACCGGCUGGCGACGAUGAAGCGGAACAAGGACCGGCUGAUCGGCAAGAACUUUCGACGGUCCUUCCUCAGCCACGACGAGGCGCUCUUUCUACUGGAGUACUUGCGAGAGACGUCCAGAGACGACGCCAGCAUCGACAUCGACAUCGACAUCGGCGCCGACGCUGACGUCAACAGCGCCUACAGCACAGAUCUCGCCGUGAACCCGUCCUUGGACGUGAUCCUGCCCGCCCUGCUCGGCUGGGAGUUGAAGAUCCAGAAGUUUCACCAGGAGAAGUUCCUGCUCUUGAACUGCGAGUGCUGCACCCGUCGCAUCCUGCUCUCCACGUCGAACAUCGACACCGUCCAGGACGUGGAGGAGCUCAGCGCCUGUCCCCAUCGGGCAGAGAUCCCUGUUCGAGAGCAGCCGACUGAGUUCGACGGCAGCAUCCGGCCCUCCUACGGCGCCGGCGGCUUCGCUCUCGGCGACGAAGACGACGACGAGGAGGAAGACAUGAUCGACCUCGAACAGGAGCACGACACCUGGUGCUGCAUGCGCCAGGGCUGGCGGGUGGUUCUCGAGGGCCUCCGCAGCUCUUCCGACGUCGACAUGAACCGUGUCUGCUCCAAGCCGUCGUCCGCGUCGUCGCCAGCACCGUCCCCGGCCUCUUCCGCCUCCUCAGCCGCCACCGACCUCUACAAUACCAGCAUGCGGCAUCUCCGUGCUCUCUGACGAGAGUCAUGCUUCCCAACCCACAAUGUUAAGCAGUCAAACAGCCAAAACUACACAAAACAGCUGACCGCCAAAGCUCACGUGUUUUCUGUGUUUUCUUUUUCUCCUUUUUUUUCGCUCCGUUCUGUUUGUUUUCCUCCUUUU